CGGAACGCCAGGAUCACGCCCUGAGCCGAAGGCAGACGCUUAACAACUGUGCUACUCAGACUGUGAAUCAAGGUUGAGACCAAGAAAUUAUUUCUGAAAAAGGAUAUUUAUGGAAUAGAAUCAUCCUGAUGAGAGAUAAUGGAAAGACUUAUAAAAAACAGCAUUGAGUGUUCAAGUUUCAGAGGUGAUUGGGAAUGUAAAAGCCAGUUUGAGAGAAAACAGGAAUCUCAGGAAGGACAUUUCAGUCAAAUGAUAUUUACUUCUGAAGACAUGCCCACUUUCAAUACCCAGCAUCAGAGAAUACAUACUGAUGAGAAACUCCUUGAAUGUAAGGAAUGUGGGAAGGAUUUUAGUUUUGUAUCGGUCCUUAUUCGACAUCAGCGAAUUCAUACUGGUGAGAAACCUUAUGAAUGUAAAGAAUGUGGCAAGGCCUUUGGUAGUGGUGCAAACCUUGCUUACCAUCAAAGAAUUCAUACUGGUGAGAAACCAUAUGAAUGUAGUGAAUGUGGAAAGGCCUUUGGUAGUGGCUCCAACCUUACUCAUCAUCAGAGAAUUCAUACUGGUGAGAAACCAUAUGAAUGUAAGGAAUGCGGGAAAGCCUUUAGUUUUGGAUCAGGCCUUAUUCGACAUCAGAUAAUUCACAGUGGUGAAAAGCCUUAUGAGUGUAAGGAAUGUGGGAAGUCCUUUAGUUUUGAAUCAGCCCUUACUCGGCAUCACAGAAUUCACACAGGUGAGAAACCUUAUGAAUGUAAGGAUUGUGGGAAGGCCUUUGGCAGUGGUUCAAACCUUACUCAACAUCGAAGGAUUCAUACUGGUGAAAAACCUUAUGAAUGUAAAGCAUGUGGAAUGGCCUUUAGUAGUGGUUCAGCCCUUACUCGGCAUCAGAGAAUUCAUACUGGUGAAAAACCAUAUAUAUGUAAUGAAUGUGGGAAGGCUUUUAGUUUUGGAUCAGCCCUUACUCGACAUCAAAGAAUUCACACUGGUGAGAAACCUUAUGUAUGUAAGGAAUGUGGGAAGGCUUUUAAUAGUGGCUCAGAUCUCACUCAGCAUCAGAGAAUUCACACUGGUGAGAAACCCUAUGAGUGUAAGGAAUGUGAGAAGGCCUUUAGAAGUGGUUCAAAACUUAUUCAGCAUCAAAGAAUGCACACUGGUGAGAAACCCUAUGAGUGUAAGGAAUGUGGGAAGGCCUUUAGUAGUGGUUCAGACCUUACUCAACAUCAGAGAAUUCAUACUGGUGAGAAACCUUAUGAAUGUAAAGAAUGUGGCAAGGCCUUUGGUAGUGGCUCAAAACUUAUCCAACACCAGCUAAUUCACACUGGUGAAAAACUAUAUGAAUGUAAAGAAUGUGGAAAGUCCUUCAGUAGUGGUUCAGCUCUUAAUCGGCACCAGAGAAUACACACUAGUGAAAAAUAUUAUGAAUGUAAGGAAUGUGGGAAGAAUCUUUGUACUGGCUCAAGCCUUACUCAACAUCAGAAAAUUCAUACUGGUGAGAAACUUUAUGAAUGUAAGGAAUGUGGAAAGGCUUUUGGGAGGGGUUCAGAGAUUCAGCAACAUAAGAAAAGUCAUACCGGUGAGUAGCUCUGUUAAUUGGAAAUUUAUGUUAGGAUUAUGUGGUUAAGGAAGGAUGCAGGAUACAUAUUAGGGCGAGUCACCACAAAUGUAAUUAAGGUACAAAUGCCCUACUUAUGCUUUACCACUUAGUCUGUGGGAAUUUAUACAGGAAAAGAAAAACCAGUCUGAAGAUCUCUAUCUUAUAGUCAUUCUUUCAUUAUUUUUGGAAAAUUCAUACUUGUGAAUAUUAAAAAUUUAAAAACUGUUUAUUGUAUUUUGCCUUUAUUUUAAACAUUGAAAAAUUCAUUUCUGGGCUAACCCUGCUACUUUUGUUUACUGAUCCAUCUCAAAAUUAUUUUAAAUUAUUUAUCAAGGGUCUAAAUUUGCCCUUCUUCCUGUUUCUCAUUUGAAUACCAUUUAUUUAAUAACCAUAUCUAUUUUUGUAUUUUUUUAUUGCCUGUUUGAUGGUAAGUUAUAUUUUUAUACAUAUGAAGCAUGGGUAUCAGGUCAGUCUUCGUUUUCUAAAUUUGCAUAUCUGUGUUUGUAUCUGUGUUCCAUUUUGUUUGUGUUGUUGCUGUUAUUUUUAAGUAUCCUUUAAUAUCUUGUGGAUCUGUAUCUUUUUUUUGGAAACUUGUUUUACUUUCCUUUUACAAAGUCUAUACUCUUUUUGCAAAACAGUUCUUUUCUAUAUUAAUGUAGAUAUAAACAAAAAUAGUUAUCUGUAAUCAAAGCAACCACAGACAAUCAAUGUCAAACUUUUGUAGCAAACCUUUAAAGACUAUGUCAUUGUUUUUGAAAAAAAGUGUGAUUAUGCUAUACUAUAACCAGCCUUUAAUAGUCUUUGUAAAUAUAUUGUUACUCUUCUGUUGCCUUGAAAGUAUUCACCUGUCUUUAUCAAGCCCCUUUUGUCAAAUAUUGAAAAUUUUGCCAUCAUAAAGUGUUACCUUGAUGGCCCCUUUUGAAUGUGUCUAUUUUUUAUUGUUCAUUUCAGAGAAAAUGUAUGGGGUCUCUUCUGCUUUUAAAGACUUAUACUAUAAUAUAUAAGCUCUACUUCCCUUGACCAACAUUUGGACGUAGUUUUUUCCCUAAUGUUAACCAACUUAUUCUUCCACAGAUCCUUUUAUAUGCAUAUAUAAUGUGCUUAUGGUAAUGCAGGCAUAAUGAGCUCACUUCAGAGGCUUGUUAUGUGAAUUCUACAUUUGUGCCUAUCACAUAAUAAAACUUGCUUAGUAUUAGCCUUUGUCAUUGUUAUUAUCUUUUCAACUUUAUUAUGGAAAAACUUUUAACUAGUAUCGAUGUUUUACUGAACAUCAAAUCAUCAUAAUGGAAAAAAGACAUUCAGGUAAAUGAAUAUAAGAAAAGUUUGACCAACAUCUAUUUCUUAUGACAAGAGAGAAUUCAUCUUAAAAAUAUGUGAUGGUAAAGUGUAAGAAGGAAAAAUCCGUAGAAGGUGAAAAUAAAAAUUCUUCACAGAAAUUUGAAUUUUGAGGAAUGACAUCAGCAUCAUGACAGCAUAAGAUGCCUACCCUCAUUUGGCCCCCCAUGAUUAACAAGUAAAAGUGCCUCUGUUGUUGUUGUGGGAUCCAGCACCAUAAGCUAAGGGACCUGAGAGGAGUCUCACCCACAUCAAGUAAUAAGCUGAUAGUCUUCCAACAGGACUCUGAACCAGCCCCAGCCUCUUUUGGCUGCAUUCAGGGCAAACCUGGAGAGUGCUGAUUUGAGCAGACACUCACAAAUAAGAGAGGCUUUGUAGAACUCCAGAUUUCCUGAGGAGAGAUUCUAGCACUGUUUUGGAGAAAAAGAAAAAAAAGAGGGGGUAAGAUGAACUUUACCAGUGCCACCCCUUCCCCAAGGUGGCAUAUCAUGGUGCUGAACUAGCCAGCAAUGACUUUUUCUGCAGGGGAAAACAGUGAGUGAUUGCCCAGCUUCCCUACUGGUAUAGGAUGCUGCUGAAGAAACUUGUUUUUCUCCUGCAGCACCCACAGUAUUGAGGCAAUACUUGCGUGACUGUGGGGAGACAGAUGAGGUUAUAAGAAUGUCAGAAUGUAUUAAAGGAAUACAAUUCCUACUGGCUGCAUUCAGGACUCCUGCAGGAAGCCCACCAGAAGCCUCUGGGAAAACCUUACACAAGGAUCCCCCACCUGGCUUGCAGGCACCCCCGAUGCCCCAAAUAUUAAACCCACAGCUCCCUCAGUUCUAGAGGUAGCUCUUUGUGUAUGUUCCCAAGUAUGGCAGUAAAGACCAGUUUUGGUAGACAGCACGCAGAAAACAGGCCAGAGUCUGUGGCAAGGGAGAAAUCACAAACUUGAGCUAUAGUAUUAUCUGAGGAAAAACAAAAGAGGUUUCCAGCAGCCAGCCUGGUGAGUUGUAAGGUUGAGAGAAGACAAAGAAGCUUAAGAUUUCUCUCACAAGGGGCCAAGAAGUAGGGAGCACAUGUAUUGCUACAAGGACAGAGAAAGCCCCAGUUAUAAGCAGGCCCAAUAAAAAGUAUCUCUGACCUAAAGGCAACUAGUAGUGUUUGGAGGAGGUGACUACUUCAAAUGAGAAAACAGCAAUGCAAAACUCCAAGAAACAUGAGGAAUCAAUGAAAUGUGACAUCACAAAAAGAUCUCAAUAAUCCUCUAGUAACUGAACUUAAAGACAGAAUUCUGUGAUUUACCUGAUAAAUAAUUCAAAUUAGCUGUUCUAAAGAAACUCAAUGAGCUACAAUAAAACAUAGAACUCAACAAGCAGGAAAGCAAUACAUGAGUAAGAUGAGAAAUUCAACAAAAAAAUCAUAAAAACAAACCAAACAAAUCUGGAGCUGAAGAAUGAAUGAAAUGAAAAAUGCAACAGAGAACAUCAACAGGAGAAUAGACCAAGUGAAUAUAAAAUGAGAGAGAGAGAGAGAAGAUGGGGGCUUUGAAAUACCCCAGUCAGAGGAGAACAAAGAAAAAAGGAAUGAAAGAGAAUGAAGAAAGACUGUAAGAUGUGUGGGACACCAUAAACCAAACAAGAAUAUAAAAAAUAACUACUGUAAUUUGUUAAUGAAUUCAGAAUAUAAAAAGUAAAAAAUGAUAAAAUAAAAAACAUAAAAGGGGCAGUAAGAGAGUAGAGCUCUUUUAUGUGAUUAAAGUUGCUAUCCAUCAGCUUAAAAUGGACUGUUUUAUAAGAUUUUUUAAAAAGAUUUAUUUAUUUUAGAGAGAUAGCAGGGGGAGGGGCAAAGGGAGACAGAGAGAAAGAAUUCUCAAGCAGUCUCCUCACUGAGUGCAGAGCCUGAUGCAGGGUUCGAUUCCAGGACCCUAAGAUCAUGACCUGAGCUGAAAUCAAGAGCCAGCCACCCAACUGAGUGAGCCAUCCGAGCGCCCCUAUAUGAUGUUUUAUGUAAGUCUCAUGAUAACCAUAAAGCAAAACUCUAUUAGAUUCACAAAAGAUAAGUGAGGAGAAUCACAGCACACCACCAUGGAAAAGAGAGGGGAAAAAAGAACAAUGGAACUACAAAAUGGCUGGAGAGCUAUUAAUUAGAUUGCAUUAGUAAGUAUACGUAUUAAUAAUUUCUCUAAUGUAAAUGAAUUGAAUUUACCAAUUGAAAGGCAUAGAAUGGCCAGAUGGAUAAGACUCAACUAUAUGCUGUCUACCAAAAGGCACUUCAGCUUUAAGAUCAUACAUAGGCUCAAAGUGAAGAGAUGGAAAAAGAUAUUCCAUGGAAGCAGAAAGUGGGGUUGGCCUUACAGGGCUGGCCCAUAUUUAUACAAAUAGACUUUAAGCCAAAAAUUAUGAGACAAAGAAGGUCAUUAUAGAAUGGUAAGGAGGGCGAUUCAUCAAGAAGAUAUAACAAUCAUAAAUGUUUAUGCACCCAAUAUCAGAACACCUAAAUAUGCUAAGCAAAUACUGACAGAUCUGGAGGGAGAAAUAAACAAUACAAGAACAGUAGGGGAUUUCAAUACUUCACUUUAAGUAACAGAUGGAUCAUUCAAACAGAAAAUCAAUGUAGAAACAUUUGACUUGAGUCAUACAUUAAAACAACUGGGCCUAACAGACAUAUAUAAAACAUUCCACUCAACAGCAGCAGCAGAAUACAUAUCUUCUCAAGUGCACAUGGAAUAUUCUCCAGGAUAAAUCAUAUGAUAGGUCACAAAACAAUUCUUAGGAAAAUUAGAGUGACGCCAUACCAACUAUCUUUCCAACCAAAAUGGUAUGAAACUAAAAAUCAAGAAGACGAGAAAGCUGGAAAUUUUACAAAUAUGUGGAAACUAGGCAACACACUCCUGAAUAACCAAUGGGCCAAGGAAGAAAUCAAGAGGAAAAAAGUGCCCAAACAAAUGAAAAUGGAAACUCAACAGACAAAUACAUAUGUGAUGCUGUAAAAUAAUUUCUUAGAGGGAAUUUUAUAGCAAUAAAUGCAUGUGUAAGUGAAAAUGAAAGAUUUCAAAUAAAUAACUUUAAAUGUCAAGGGACUAGAAAAAGAACAAACUAAGGCCAAA